UUCUUUAAUCUUUUAUGUUCAGUGUUAGCUUUUCCCCUUAUUCCAGUCACUCUCUUUGUCUUGAUGUUUUUUUUAAAAAAAAACGACUCAGUGAGGUCAACCUUCCAAAUAUCUUCAGGCACCAAAGAGGUUCCUGUGUGUGUGGAAGAAUGGGAAGGUGCGAUGACAAUCUGGUUGGGGGUGGUGCACGUAUUGCGUGUCUUCCCCCCCACUCCACUCCUGGAGCUGCAGCUGGAAAGAGUCCGAGUCACUUGGAGUUAGCGAGAGUCCCGCGGCUGGAGCCUCGCCCUAUUGGGGGAUGUCUCCAGGCUCUCUCUCUCUCUCUCAACCCGCUUUUCCUUCGUUAACUCUCUCCUUGUCGUUUAUUAGUUAGAGCUUUCUUGCCUGUGAAGAGAGGGCACUUAGAACACCAUGUUCCACUUCAGGAUUUUAACUGUUUUAGUCAUACUUUGGCACUGUGCUAUUGCACAGGGACCAGAGUUCAGCUAUGGAUGUGCUGAGGGAAGCUGUUACCCAGCCACAGGAGAUCUGUUGAUUGGGCGUGCAGAUAGACUAUCUGCCACAUCCACCUGUGGUUUGCAUAAGCCAGAGCCCUUCUGCAUUGUCAGCCACCUUCAGGAAGAAAAAAAGUGCUUUUCAUGUGAUUCGCGCACAGUUUUUGCUGAAAAUCCAAAAAGUCAUAGAAUUGAGAAUGUUGUCACAACAUUUGCUCACAAUCGACUAAAUACCUGGUGGCAAUCUGAAAACGGUGUGGAAAAUGUUUCCCUUCAGCUGGAUCUGGAAGCUGAGUUUCAUUUUACCCACCUCAUCAUGACUUUCAAGACUUUCCGCCCAGCUGCUAUGAUGAUAGAGCGAUCUUCCGAUUUUGGGAAAACCUGGCAGGUCUAUCGGUAUUAUGCUUAUGAUUGCGAGUCGUCCUUUCCAGGCAUUCCAACAGGAUCAUUAAAGAAAGUGGACGACAUUAUCUGUGACACUCGGUACUCUGAUAUUGAGCCUUCUACUGAAGGAGAGGUUAUCUAUCGUGUGUUGGAUCCAGCCUUUAAAAUUGAAGAUCCAUAUAGCCAGAGAAUACAAAAUAUGCUGAAGAUCACAAAUCUAAGGAUAAAGUUCACCAAACUCCAUACUCUGGGUGACAAUUUGCUAGACUCUCGAAUCGAAAUCAAAGAAAAAUAUUACUAUGCUAUCUAUGACAUGGUAGUUCGAGGAAAUUGUUUCUGCUAUGGACAUGCCAGUGAGUGUGCUCCUGUUCAUGAUUCUGAUGACCAGGAUGUGGAUGGGAAGGUGCAUGGUCGGUGUGUAUGUCGUCACAACACCAAGGGGUUAAACUGUGAGCUAUGUCAGGACUUCCACCAUAAUGCGCCUUGGAAACCUGCUGAAGGACGCAACAGCAAUGCAUGCCAAAGAUGUAGCUGCAACGGGCAUGCUGAUAAAUGUCACUUUGACAUGGCUGUGUAUAUAGCAUCUGGUAACGUUAGUGGUGGUGUUUGUGAUGGCUGUCGGAAUAAUACAAUGGGACAACACUGUGAACAAUGUAAACCUUUCUACUACCAGCAUCCAGAACGAAGUAUUCGUGCCAGUGACAUCUGUGAACCUUGUAACUGUGACCCUGCUGGAUCAUUAAACGGUGGAAUCUGUGACAGCUACACGGAUUUGACAGCUAAUCUCAUUGCGGGGCAGUGCCGCUGUAAGCUCAACAUUGAGGGUGAACGCUGUGAUCUCUGCAAAGAGGGUUUCUUUGGCCUAAGUGCAGAUGACCCAUUGGGUUGCCAGUCAUGUACCUGUAACCAUUUGGGAACUCAUCCAGGCGGAACUCCAUGCGAUGAUGUAACGGGAAAUUGCUUCUGUAAGCGUCUAGUGACGGGAAGGAACUGUGAUCAGUGUCUGCCGCAGCACUGGGGAUUAAGCAGUGAUCUUGAUGGGUGUCGCCCCUGUGACUGUGACUUGGGGGGAUCCUACAGCAAUGACUGUUCUGCAGAGACAGGCCAGUGCCCGUGCAAAAAUCAUAUGGUUGGACGUCGCUGCAAUGAAGUUGAAUCUGGGUUUUAUUUUAUUGCCCUGGAUCAUUACACAUACGAGGCAGAGGAGGCUGCCUUGGGUCCUGAAGCGACAAUUGUACAGCGCCAGUCUCCGCAAAAUCAUUCUCCAACCUGGACAGGAAUUGGAUUGGUAAGGGCUCCUGAAGGAGCGUAUCUAGAAUUCCAUGUACACAACAUCCCAUAUUCCAUGGAGUAUGAUCUGCUGAUACGCUAUGAACCUCAGCUACCAAAAAACUGGGAAGAAGCAAAAAUAACUGUGUUCCGUCCUGGUAAAAUUCACAGCAGUAGUCGAUGUGGGAAUACUACACCUGCUGAUGACAACCAAGUCUUUUCUCUGCCAUCAGGAUCAAGGUAUGUGGUCCUACCUCGGCCUGUAUGCUUUGAGAAAGAACUUAAUUACACCAUUCGUUUAGAGUUAACAAAGUACUCAACUGAUGAUGAAAUGGAAACUCCUUACACACUCAUAGAUUCGCUUGUACUCAUGCCCCACUGCAAGUCACUGGAUAUAUUCUCUGUAGGAGAAUCGAGUGAGAUUGUCACAAACAAAGCCUGGGAAACCUUCCAACGAUACCGCUGCUUGGAGAACAGUCAAAGUGUUACUAAAACUCCAAUGACUGAUGUCUGUAAGGGCAUCCUGUCUAGCAUUUCUUCCAUGAUCCACGAAGGAGCUUUACCAUGCCAGUGUGAUCCUCAGGGAUCUCUCAGUUCUGUUUGUAAUCCCAAUGGAGGACAGUGCCAAUGCCGCUCCAGCGUAGUUGGCCGUAACUGUGACCGAUGUGCUCCUGCAACUUAUGGCUUUGGUCCUAGUGGCUGCCGGCCUUGUGAUUGUCAUCUGGAAGGUUCAGUCAAUGAAUUUUGCAACCCUGGUACUGGCCAGUGUCGCUGCAAAGAAGGGGUCUAUAGUCGGCAGUGUGAUCAGUGUCAGCCUGGUUACUGGGGAUUUCCGAACUGUCGUCCGUGCCAGUGCAAUGGACAUACGGAUCACUGUGACCUAGAAAGUGGCGAAUGUUUGGGCUGCAGAGAUCACACUAGUGGACAUAAUUGUGACAGCUGUAUGUCAGGUUAUUAUGGGAACCCUAUACUUGGGUCAGGUGAUCACUGUCGCCCAUGUCCUUGCCCAGAUGGUCCAGAUACUGGACGGCAGUUUGCCUCUGGCUGUUACCAGGAUCCUAGUUCACAAAAUAUUGUGUGCCUCUGUCAAGAUGGAUACACAGGUGCUCGGUGUGAUGAAUGUGCUUCUGGAUUUUAUGGUAAUCCGAAUGAAACAAGAGGGCAUUGUCAAGGGUGCCAGUGCAGCAACAAUAUUGACAUGACUGAUGCAGAAUCAUGUGACAAGCAAACUGGAGCAUGCCUGAAGUGUCUAUAUCACACUGAGGGUGAACAUUGUGAACUCUGCAAGCUUGGUUAUUAUGGCAAGGCACUGCAACAGGAUUGUAAAAAAUGUGUCUGCAACUACUUGGGUACUGUAAAGGAGCAAUGCACUUCUGCAGAUGAAUGCCAUUGUAACCAAACCACUGGUCAAUGCCCGUGUCUUCCAAAUGUGACUGGUCUUAUGUGUGAUCAGUGUGGACCUAAUACUUGGAAACUAGCAAGUGGAACAGGCUGUGAACUCUGCAACUGUAAUGAAAUUCACUCACGUGCAGCAUCUUGUAAUGAGUUCACCGGGCAGUGUCAGUGCAUGGCUGGAUUUGGAGGGCGCACAUGUAGUGACUGCCAAGAAUUCUUCUGGGGAGAUCCUGAUGUGGAGUGUAUGAGAUGUGAUUGUAAUGAAUUUGGUAUUGAGACCCAGCAGUGUAACCAAGCCAAUGGCCACUGCAUCUGUCGGGAAGGGAUUGCAGGAGAACGUUGUGAUAAAUGUGCUCGAGGGUACUCUGGUACAUUCCCUCAUUGUGAACCAUGUCAUGCAUGCUUCAGACUGUGGGAUAAAGAAAUUGAAGAGCUGACUAAUCAAAGCAAACAACUUGUAGCUCAGGCUGAUGAGGUCAAAGCUAGUGGAAUAGUUGGGCCUUACCAAGAAACUGUUAGUGCUGUCCAGGAAAAAAUUAAUGACAUACGAACUCUACUUGCUGAAAAUCCUGCUACUGAACCACUUGACAGUAUUGGGGACCUCUUGGAUGAAGCCAAGAAGAAAGUACUUGACCUUGCAGAAAAGGUUACUGUAAUUGAAUCAGAUCUUGCAACUACAGCAGACCGAAGUAAUGUGACAGACCAAGAAAUAAGUGUCCUUCAGACAGAUGCUGAGAGUUUGAAAGCUGUUGUGAAUGAGUUAGCAGAACAAUUGGAAUACAUUAAGAACUCUGAUGUCCAUGGAGCCUUGGACAGUGUCCAGAAAUAUUUUAACCAAUCUGUCGAGGCUGAAAUGACAGUUAAUGCUUCAACCACUGAUCCUGGUAGUAUACUGCUGGAAUCCUUGAGCACUCGUGAAAAGGUGGAUGACAUGAUUUCACAGAGUCAGGAUCGCUUUGAGCAACAGCAAAAAGAACAUUCACAAAGUCUCGAAGAACUAGCUGACAAAUUGCAAAGUCUAGACCUCUCACCAUUAAGCAAAAAGAUUUGUGGUGGCCCUGCAGGACUGCCAUGUGCUGAAGCGGAGUGUGGUGGUCCAAACUGUCACGCUGAUGAUGGAACCAGAAAGUGUGGUGGCAUUGGCUGUGAUGGACUUGUAACUUUGGCCCAUAAUGCAUGGCAGUAUUCCAUGGAUUUUGACACCGAGAUUCUAAAUGCUUUGGCAGAAGUGGAUCAGCUUUCAAAAAUGGUUGCUGAUGCAAAAGUUAAAGCAGAUGAAGCUAAACUAAAUGCACAAAAGGUCUUGUUAAGAACCAACGCAACAAAAGACAAAGUGGACAAGAGCAAUGAAGACCUAAGAAAUCUUAUUAAACAAAUCAGAGAAUUUCUUACACAGGACGGCGCUGAUCUGGAGAGCAUUGAGGCAGUUGCCAAUGAAGUACUGAAGUUAGAAAUGCCCACCACUCCUCAGCAGCUUCAGGACCUGACCAGUGACAUUCGGGACCGAGUGGAAAGUCUGUCAGAUGUGGAAGUGAUUCUAAACCAGAGUGCUGCAGAUAUUGAGCGGGCUGAAGCAUUGUUGGAUGAAGCCAGGAAGGCCAAAAUCCAUGCAACAGAUGUUAAAGUUGCAGCUGAUCGUGUGAAGGAGGCCUUGGAUGAAGCGGAAAAGGCACAGAACGCAGCUGUGAAAGCAAUUAAACAAGCUAACGAAGACAUUGAGGGAACACAGGACCUUCUGACCUCAAUUGAAUCCGAGACAGUAGCAUCAGAACAAAGCCUCAACAAUGCAACUGAACGCCUGGCACAGAUUGAAAAGGACAUUGAUGAAAUAAAACAAAAGACCACUGACAACACACAUACUGCAGAAAACAUUGGGGACACAGCAGAUAAAAUAAAGCAGACUGCAGAUGAAGCCAAACAGGUACUCGACACUGUCCUGAAAGGCAAGUACACCGUUGUAGAAGACACCAUCAUCAAAAAAUCUGAUGCAGCUUCUGAUGCUCGGAAAAAAGCCAAGUUAUUGCAGGUCGAAGCUGAAUCUUUGUUAUCAGAUGCAAGUCGGAAACUUGAGUUAUUACAGAAACUGGAAAAAAGUUAUGAAGACAACCAAAAAGCUUUGGAGGAAAAAGCCCAAAAGUUAAUAAAAUUGGAAGAAGAUGUGCGCUUAUUGCUGCAAACGAUUAGCCAGAAGGUUGCCAUCUAUAGUACCUGUUUAUAAUGAGAAUCACUUCACUGACACUAUAUACUUCAAGCUGCCUUCCUGUCAAUCCCUAAUAUUCUACUUGUUAAGCUGAAGAACAAUCCAUGCCAAGCCAACAUUUUAAAAGGAAAGCUUGCAAAUUUAUUGAGUCGUUGUUUAAAGUGGUACAUUAUUUGUAAGCACUUUGAUUUCUACACGUAGUUCUCCUAUAACACAGUAGUUGUGUUCCCAUGUGACAACCUUUUGUAGAAAAUAGCAUAAUAUAAAUAACAGGGCUGAUGGAAAAAACAGGGGUCAGGCAAACCGUUAAAAAUAUCAGUAAAAAUUAAACACAACAAUUAGCAUAACACAAACGAUAGCGCAGUCUAAGUACAUCUUUAAAUCAUAUAUUUUAAUUAAAUAAUAGAGUAAAUCUAACAUUGUAACACAAAAAUCACUGACUACAGCAUUGUACCUUUUCAAGAUGCUCUUCACCAGAAAGUGCGUGAGCUGACUGCCCAAGUGAUGCCGACACGGAAGUCCGGUCCUCCCCAAGAUUCUCCCACAGUUUGAAAUAAAGUUCCUCCUAAAUGUAGAUUACAAUUCCCAGUCUCGAAAUAAGUUUCAAGGCUUGAAGAGCUGAUUGCAUUCCUGUUUUAGCUGAACACACUGAAUUUGCAUUUUGCAGAUGUAGGAUCCUGAGGCUGGGUUUUGCUGUUCAACUCCAGCAGGGGAUGGAAUCCAUGGAACAGUGAACAGGGGUUCGCUUUGUUUUUCACAAAUUGCCUUGCAACCAUAUCGUAUUUAUAAACACGUGUUAUAGGAGAGCUACCUGUGUUUUAAAUGUUUAACAACAAAUGUUGCAACCAUAAAAUGCAAUUUGCAAGCACCAGCAGUAUUUUUAUAUUAUUGUUCUUUAAACUUAGUGGAAAAUGAAGUUAAAGUUCUCCGGAAAAGGUAGCAAACGUUUUUGUAGCCAGUAUUGAAUACAUUUAUUGCAUUCAAAUCAUAUAUAAAAUGGACAUCAUAAACAUCCAUUGCGCAAUAAAUGCUUUUUUAAAAAAAAA